UCUACCGGGGUUGUGUGGUGCACUGAAGCUCAUUCAUAUCCCAGGAUAUUGUGUUUGCAGCCGCCUUAAGGAUUAUACGUUAUCCAUAGGUGGGGGCUGUAAGUGCUGAUGGGCUCCACUGCCCAGGCCCCUGAAUCAGCCAUUCAUUUCUAUUCAUUUCUACCCUCUUGCUUUUAAAGGACCCGCAACGUGCCCACUAUAACCUGCAUCCCAUCGGGGCAGGUAAACAAGCAUCACAGAGCAGGGCAGAUGGAAGGAUUGUGAAGCUAUCACUAGCCGUUUCCCCUGGUAUCUGAAAAGCACCAUGGAGCAACCAUUUAAUAUCUCCACUUUGAAGCGGCUAGUGGUGAUGCCAGACCACACUGAUGUAUCACUGAGCCCGGAGGAACGUGUCCGCGCACUAAGCAAGCUGGGCUGUAAUAUAACCAUCACUGAGGACAUUACCCCUAGGCGCUAUUUCCGCUCCGGAGUGGAGAUGGAGCGCAUGGCUUCGGUGUAUUUGGAAGAAGGAAACCUUGAAAAUGCCUUUGUCCUCUAUAAUAAAUUCAUCACGUUGUUUGUUGAAAAACUGCCGCAACAUCGGGACUACCAUCAAUGUGAAAUCCCUGAAAAGCAGGAUAUUUUGAAGAAAUUAAAGGAUGUUGCCUUUCCAAGAACAGAUGACAUAAAGAGGGAUCUUGUAAAGAAGUACAGUUUGGAAUACCAAGAAUACAUAAAAGGCAUAAACAAAAGGAAAGCAGAAUCUAUGAAAAAGGUAGAACAGCAGCAGCUUAUAGAAGCAGAGAAGAAACGUAUCGCCCAGCUCCGCCAGCAACAGAUAGAAACCGAGCAAUUUAACUUCUUUGAGGAGCAACUUCGGAAGCAGGACCUUGUGCGAGGUCAAGUGAAAGAUAAAGGCAGCUCGAAGGUGCCUGAACAGAUCGAUGGCAGCAUGAUGUCUUGUAUUUCUACUCCUAAAAGCAACUCCUUAGGCAAUGCGGUCUCCGGACAAGCUGUUAUAAAUGACGCAGCCAAGUAUGCUGGGCAGUCGCCUCCAGUGAGCCGGGCCUUAAAACCCGCUGCUACUUUAAGUGCUGUGCAAAAUGAGGUUGUGGAAGGCCUUCGACUUGUUGUUCUGCCCCGAGACCUUUCACAGAAGUUCCUGCAGUUGGCCGAGGCAAAUACAACCAGAGGAAUUGAGACCUGUGGGAUACUAUGUGGCAAACUGACACACAAUGAAUUCAUGAUCACGCAUGUUAUUGUACCAAAGCAGUCUGCUGGACCAGACUACUGUGACAUGGAAAAUGUGGAAGAAUUAUUCAAUAUACAAGACCAGCAUGAUCUCCUAACUUUGGGCUGGAUUCAUACACACCCAACCCAGACAGCCUUCUUAUCCAGUGUGGACCUUCACACACAUUGCUCUUACCAGCUCAUGCUACCAGAAGCCAUUGCUAUAGUCUGCUCUCCAAAGCAUAAUGAUACUGGGAUUUUUCGACUUACUAGCGCUGGAAUGCUGGAAGUAUCUGUUUGUAGGAAGAAGGGCUUUCAUCCACAUAGCAAAGAACCAAGACAAUUUAACACAUGCAGACAUGUGAUUGUAAAAGACGCAAAAAUCACUGUGCUGGACCUAAGGUGAUAAAGAGCUUGGAUUGCUGUCCUUGCCUACGAUGAAUGGGAAAAAAAAAGUGGCUCCAAGUUUGCCUAAACCAUUUCUUGAAAAACCAACAAGUAGACUUUUUUCUAAUUUAUAGAUUUUAAAGGUGAUGAUUUCUUAUUUAUUGCUCCUGCGCAUACAUUUGUGUUACAAACACAGUCAUUUCAAAGAAAAACCUGCAUCAAUGUGUGUUUGUGUUAUUCACAAGGGACGUGGUAUUAAAGGAAUGCUUCGACUGGAUCCAUUCUCCUUCCUCAUUUUGUUAUUUGGAUUAAAGCUGCAUUAACCAUUAAGUUGCCAAACAAGGUGUGAUUGUCUACUGCACAUACAUUGUGUAUUACCAGUGCAGAGGAGUUUUUCAAAUCGCGAUUGUAAUAUCGCCCGUCGGACAGUUUAUUCACCUGACUAAUAUUUUGUCUUUUCAUUAAUAUAACACAGACUUUUAUUUUAUUUUUUGGGUUAAUUUUACAUCCUUGGUGUCCCCACACCAACAUAUAGUUUCUAGUGCCAGUGAAAGUUGUUUAUUAAAAUUAUAAUUUG